AAAAACGCUCACGCGUCACGAACAACCAAUCCAGCCACGAAGCCCCAAGUCCGGAGGAGCAUCUUCAGGCUCGGACCUCUCCCCUGCGGAUAGAACCGCCGUUCUGCCAACAGACUGAUGCAACGUAACGACGGAUACGAACUAUUCUUCAACCGGGAGCUGGAGCUGGACAGUCAACACGGACGAGACAAGUUUCACUCACUCGUCUUGAAUUCACGAACGUGCAUUUCUCCUUUGUCAGUAACAAUACAUAUGCGGCCGACGCUGGAAUGACAGAACGUGGUCCUUAUUUUUCACAGCUGUAUUGCCUCUCACGUUUUUGAAAUUGAUCAGUGUCGUACACUGAAGUGGCAUUUUCUUACGGAAAAUAUCAACAUUUUGAUGACUCAUAGUAGUGUCUUGAAUUAGUAGUUUUAUUUAAGACUCUUUCUGAGAAUUUAUGCGCGCCUGACUUCGAGGAGGGAAACACUGGUUCGUUUUUGCAUCCCACAUUUUCAACGAUGAUAACCUUUCGCUGGUUUUCCGCACGUUCCGGUGGCUAGUGGUGAAAUAGCUUUUACUUGCUGAUGACAGGGUGUAUUGGAGAUGCCACAGGUGUAUGGUAUGGUUUUAAUAUAAACAGAUAUCUAUGUAUUUUAUAGAAUGAACUAUCGAAAUAUGGGUGACUGCAUUAUUUCCUUACGCGUUUUUUUUUAUCAGCUUGGAGAGGUGGUUGAAUAAAUAUAACAUAGUGUAAGUCAUUUAAUUGCCUUUCUCAACCGCAUCAAUUGAAAUGUCUCUCUUGAUUCUGCAUAGCUAUUAACCCAGACUGUAAUCAUAAUGGACCUUAAAGUAGAUUCUGAAGAAAUGGACUGCAACCAGCCACCCACGAUUGAGGAUUUUGCACACAACUCAACGCUGCACGGCAUUUCGCACAUCUUCCCCUACGAGCGAGGUUGGAUCAAGCGCUGUCUAUGGGUCGUGUUCUUCCUGGGCUCAUUGACUUUCUUACUGUUUGUGUGCGUGGACCGAAUACACUUCUACCUGGAGUAUCAGCAUGUCACCCAACUGGAUGAAAUCUCGACACCGGCAAUGGUGUUCCCCGCGGUCACGUUCUGCAACCUCAACUCGUUCCGAUUCAGUCGCGUGACGCGCAAUGACCUGUAUCACGCAGGGGAGCUUCUCGCGCUGCUCAACCAGAGGUAUGAGAUCCGCGACAUUCAUCUAGUGGAGGAUAAUGUUCUUGAGGCUCUGAAAAUUAAAGCUGACUUCCACAACUUCAAGCCUCGCCCAUUCAACAUGCGUGAGUUCUACGACCGCACUGGACAUGACAUAAAGGACAUGCUGCUGGCUUGUCACUUCCGGGGGACAGAAUGCAGACCUGAGGACUUCCAAGUAGUGUUUACUCGUUAUGGGAAGUGUUACACAUUUAACGCUGGGAAUGAGGGCCACACCCCUCUCAUCACCACCAAGGGUGGAAUGGGAAAUGGACUGGAGCUCAUGUUGGACAUUCAACAGGAUGAGUACCUCCCUGUGUGGGGAGAGACAGAUGAGACAUCAUUUGAAGCAGGGAUCAAAGUUCAGAUCCACAGUCAGGAAGAACCAUCCUUCAUUGACCAGCUGGGCUUCGGCGUGGCACCUGGUUUUCAGACCUUUGUCUCCUGCCAAGAACAAAGGCUGAUAUAUUUGCCCCCACCAUGGGGGGACUGUAAGGUGACACCGAUGGACUCUGAGUUCUUUGAGUCGUACGGGAUCUCGGCCUGCCGCAUCGACUGUGAGACGCGCUACCUGGUGGAGAACUGUAACUGCCGCAUGGUGCAUAUGCCUGGAGACGCCCCGUACUGCACCCCCGAGCUGUAUAAAGAGUGUGCUGAUCCGGCUCUCGACUUCCUGGUGGAGAGAGACAAUGACUUCUGUGUAUGUGAGAUGCCAUGCAACAUGACCAGAUAUAGUAAGGAGCUGUCCUUUGUCAAGAUCCCCAGCAAAGCCUCUGCCAAGUAUCUGGCUAAAAAGUACAACAAGUCAGAGCAGUACAUCGCGGAAAAUAUACUCGUUCUGGACAUCUUCUUUGAGGCUCUAAACUAUGAGACAAUUGAACAGAAGAAAGCCUACGAAGUGGCAGGACUCUUAGGCGAUAUUGGUGGUCAUAUGGGUCUUUUCAUUGGAGCCAGUAUCCUUACUAUCCUGGAGCUCUUUGACUACAUCUAUGAGGUGAUAAAGUACAAGCUUUGUCGAUGCUCAGAUAAGAAACACAAGCACAGCAACAACACGGACCAGGGAGCUGUUCUGAGCCUGGAUGAUGUGAAAUGUCAUUCUCUACAUGACCAUGCUCAUGCACCACCUCCAUACUCUGCCAAUAUGCUACCUCAUCACACAGGACGGAGCAACUAAGAGGACUUCAACUGCUGAGGCAAUCAGAACACAAGGGAGUAAGGAGGUUUUUCAAUUUGUUUCACAAGUGGACAGAUUUCAGAGUAUAAAGGUUAGCGAAUCUUGAUGAUGGGGAAUAUGUUACCCUUCAGUAGCACUUCACUGGUGCCAGAGUGGUGAUAGCCACAAAGCCAAACUACUGACCAGGCAUGCAGGGCAUGUGCUCCGGGGUGUGCAGCCUCCAGGGGGGCCCUCAACCCCAACAUUAUAAUUAUUAUUUAUUCAUUUUGUUGGGGUCUCUUUGAAGAUCAGGGAUCCCAAGUAUGUGUAGCUGUAGCCUGAUAUGGAAGCUUAAGUAAAAGCAAGUGGGUGUGUCAAAAAUUGAAUUGAAUCAUACAAAUUAGCAGAUUUGUGGUCAAACGAGACUGUUUUAUGACACUGAUUUGGCUUUUCAACAAGUUUUAAAAGUCGAUUACGUAUGUAGUUGUAAUUAGGCACAUUUGUUCAAGAAGCCUAAAUGAGUCGCUGAAGCCUACGGAGCAUGUGCUACUACUCAAAACUAUAUAUUGUCAUAGAAAAAUGUCUGCUUUAGAUACCAUGAUACAGAUUCCUGGCAACAUGCAUCUCAGGUAGGCAGGCCCAUCGAUAUCUCUGUAUGCAACCCUGGUGCUCUGGUUGCUAUUUCAACCAGUGGAUACAGUGUGAUACAAUACAAGCAUGCAAACAUGUGAGUACACCUCCACUACACUCAGGUUAACUGGUGUUUUAUUGAGGAUAGAAGCCAGCAAACCCUUUUGACUUCUUUCAACACCCACCACUCUAGCUCUCAUAUUGGGUUGCAACUACCCCAAUGUUCCAAAUAUAGCAUAUAAUAGCAAAAUAUGUGUUUUUAAACCUUCUGAAUUUGCUCUUAGCCUCAUGAGGAAUUGUUUAGAAUAGGACUAUAAAACAAUAUUUUUUUCUCCUAUUGAAAUCUACAACAUCUCCGGGCCGCAAAUGCUGUAGUCUGACAGGACAUGAUAAUAAUGACUGCAGCCCUCAAUGUCAUGAAGUGGCAGUAUGGAUCCAUGAACAAAAUGUUAUUAAUGUAUUGUCAUCUGAAAAGUAAAUUCACUGGGCUGUGUAUAGUAUGUUUAUAUACAGGGUACGCUGGCAACCAUCAAUAUUCACCCCUUGGAUUAAAAGAAAAUUGCCUUACGUAGUGGACUAAAAUGUAUUUUAUUCUAAUUGUUUAAUUUCAAAGUGGUUCUAUAUUAAUUACAAAUAAAACACUGAUAAUACAUGUUCGAAACACCAAUGACACCUCUAAUUACAUUUAAACAAAACAAAAAAAUAUUUAAAUAUAUUUCCCACAUAGUCAUUAUUUUUAUUUAUUUUAUACAAAUUCAAAGGGGUGAAUAAUUAGAUCCACUGUAGCACCCUGGUCUUAAUGAUUAUAGCUUUGAAUGUGUGAUGGUGGGUAAUAUAUUCUGUUUGGCUUGUUGCUAUUUGGUUAAGUGUGUGAUGAGAUCCUCAAGUUUCCCCAUUGGGUUGCAUGAACAUGUGUCAUUAUAAAUGUGUGUGAUCUGUAAACCGUAUAUUGGCAUGUUUGUCUGUGUUACAUCUUUUGUCUGAUGUCUUUAUAGCUUUGUUUGUGUGCAUGUCCUUGUGUGUGUGUGUGUGUGUGUGUGUGUGAUACUUCAGCAGUAGCCUAAUACACUUUCUCAAGUUGAUGAAUUGCACUACAGUCAUGAAAUUGGCUACUAAAAGUGGUUUAAUGCCUCGGUCCAACUGGCCAAACUAUUUGUUAAGGUUGCGUUUUCAUACUGUAUUUUCAAGUUAAUAUGCACAAUUCUAGUCAUAAUUUUUUUUUUUUAAAUAACACUGAGAAUUCAAAAUAGUAAUUUUCUUAUGGAAGACACCUGUUUGGUGUUUGUAACAUUGCCUGAUUCCCCAGAAUUAACCAAUUGGACCACUGUUACUAGAAUAUAUUUUGGUAUAAACCUUUGGAGAUAUGAACACCUCUAUUAAUCAAUUUUUUACCACUCAUGCCUCAUUUAGCCACGCUAGAUGUGUUUCUCAUAGGAAAAGGCGAGUUAUGAUGGUGUGUAACUGUGUAGUGUUAUUCUCAAGCACAACAGUACCAUAAACAUGUACAUUAAAUGUAAAUAAAAUACUGAAAGGAAGGACUAUGAAUAAUGUUUUGAUGUUAAUUACAUAGUCUUGCCUAUUGUUGUUGAUGUAAUUAAUGCAGCUGCAAAUGUCUUUGUGAAGUUCAUUUUGGUUUUCUAUGAAUAUGCCUACCAGUUUAAAUGUUUCAAACGUUUUAUUUAUCUAAAAAGCAACA